GCGUGAGCUUCGUGGCAUUGUGAGUUGAGCCACACGCAGGUCGCCGUCGGUGGAGAAUGCCCAAGCAUGCAACCCCGAUCAAGCAUCCAGACGGCGGGUUCACCAUCAACGGGUGCACAUUUCUUGUCGACCCCAAGUACGAGCCGCUCGACGCGAUCGGCCAGGGGUCGUACGGCGUCGUGUGCUCGGUCCUCAACACGGCGACCAAGGAAAAGGUGGCCAUCAAGAAGAUCACGCCCAUGGCCGGCGACGAGUGGGACGCGACCCACACGCUCCGCGAGAUCCGACUCAUGCGAUGUCUUGGCGAACAUGAAAACAUCAUUUCACUCAAAGACUUGACCAUGUGCGUCGAGAAAGACGAAUUGUACAUGAUGAUGGAGCUGGCCGACACCGACCUCCAUCGGCUCAUCCAGAGCUCGUGCCCAUUGACCGAAGGCCACAUCCGUGUGAUCAUGUACCAACUGCUCAGCGGCGUCAAAACCAUGCAUGACAACGGGGUGCUCCACCGCGACCUCAAGCCCGGGAAUCUUCUCGUCAACAAGGACUGCGAGCUCAAGAUCACUGACUUUGGCUUGGCGCGCAUGGUGCCCAAAGAUCUGCAACAUCGCGACGACGACGGCGCUGCGGCGGGCGUGUCAUCGCCCAUGACUGAAUAUGUUGUGACUCGAUGGUAUCGCCCCCCCGAGCUCAUGCUUGCGCCCAACGGCGUGUACGAUGGAGCCGUUGACAUGUGGUCUGUGGGGUGCAUUCUCGGGGAGCUCGUCACGCGGAAGCCGCUCUUUCCCGGCUCGGAUUUCAUGGACCAGCUCACGCGUGUGUUCAAAGUCAUCGAGAUCCCGCCCAAGGCCGAGCGCGGCUACAUCAUCGAGAAGGACGCGCUCAAGUUUCUGUCGUCUUUGCCCGCGACGCCGCCGAAUGCUCUCGACAAGCUAUGCAAGGGGAAGAACGCGUCGACGGAAACGAAGGACCUCUUGGAGCGGUUGCUGUGCUUCAACCCCAAGAAGCGAAUCACGGUAGACGAAGCACUUGCCCACCCGUUUUUCAAAGGAGUCGAAGCCGAGUGGGGCGUGAUUCGACCGCUUCGACUCGCGCACUCUCUCGAGUUUGCAUUCGAAGACCAGAGCUUGCCGCUCGACGUGCUUCGUCAGUACAUCAAAGAUGAAGUCGCCGCGUUCCAAGUCAAAACUCAAGCUGCAGCCGUGCCGGCUGGCCAGCCCGAAGACGACGAUGCGGCGGCCGAAGUGGCUACGGCGCGUGAUGGCCGCGGCCAUGCUCAGGAAACGCCAACCACGGCUGUCGCCACCAAAAACCACGCGCCUCCUCCACCACCAGAUACGACCAGCCGGCCGGCCGCUGCAACCGCUGCCGACGGCGACUACCCCGCCGGCCUCGGCUUCACCAUCAAGGGGUGCGAGUUCAAUGUGCCGUCCAACUACCGCGCGAUUCACGUGCUGGGCGAAGGAUCGUACGGUGUCGUGUGCUCGGCGACGGACUCGACGACGCACAAGACGGUCGCCAUCAAGAAAAUCACGCCGAUGGCGGGCGACGAGUGGGAUGCAAAGCACACGCUGCGUGAGAUUCGGCUCAUGCGGUACUUUGGCGACCACCCAAACAUUGCGUCGUUGGAAAACCUGAGCACGUGCAUUGAAAAGGACGAGCUGUACAUCAUGAUGGGCCUUGUCGACACGGACUUGCACCGGUUGAUUCAGUCCAAAACCAAGCUCGAAGACAACCAUGUUGCGGCCAUCAUGUAUCAGCUUUUGAGUGGCGCCAAAGCGCUCCACGAGAACGGCGUGCUCCACCGCGACUUGAAGCCCGGCAACAUCCUCAUCAGUAAGAACUGCGACGUCAAGAUUACAGACUUUGGAUUGUCGCGGUAUGUCCCUCACGGCCGCACGUCCGUCCAACAGGCCUUGGGCAAGCAUCCCUCUCAGCUCAUGACGGAAUACGUUGUGACCCGGUGGUAUCGCCCGCCCGAGAUCAUGCUGGCUCCCAACGGAACCUACGCCGAUGCUGUGGACAUGUGGUCCAUUGGGUGCAUCUUCGCCGAGCUCUUGAACAGGAAGCCGCUUUUUCCCGGAACCGACUUUAUCGACCAGCUCACGCGGGUUUUUUCGGUCCUCCCCGUGCCCCCCAAGGAAAAGCGGGGCUACACGGUCGAGGGCGAUGCGCUCAAGUUCUUGGAGUCGCUUCCACGCUGUUCGCCGCAAGCUCUGACGAAAGUGUUUCGCAAAGCGUCGCCGGAAGCGGUCAGUCUGCUUCGCCGCCUCCUCUGCAUCAACCCAACGCGGCGCAUCACGGCCGACCAAGCGCUCCAGCACCCGUACUUCAAGGCUGUGCGGGCGCAGCUAGGCGAACCCAUGGCGUUCCACGUGUCGUCUGCGUUCGACUUUGAAUUUGACCAGAACGAGAUGAGUCUCCACACGCUGCGCGGGCUCAUUCAAGACGAAGUCCGCUUGUUUGCACGCGGCGCGGCCAGUGUCCACGCGGCUACGGUGCCCCCUGCUGUCGCAGCCAUUGCUCAAGCCCCGGCGGGCGAUGGCGACGAGUCGGACGACGAAGAGGACGAGUUCGACGGUCCCGUCGACCAACGGGACGUUGUGGUGAAACCAUCCAGCGUCGCCAAGCCCACCGUCGACAGCAACCACGACAGUUUGAGCGGAACUCAGAACCUGGCUGCGCGAAGUACAGUGAACAACCGGGACGAGGUCGGCGUCACAAUCUCCCAGAAGAAUGCCGAUGUCGAGACGAUGCCAGAGACGAUCGGCGUCGUUACGCUCGAUGACAAAGCUGAGCGUCGCCAGGAUGAAGGCACCGAUGGCCAAUGCAGCGAUGAAAAACAGCAGCACGUAGCCCAUCGGGACUCGUGGGCGGACCAGCCACAAACCGAAAAGGCGCAGCACCAUCACGAGCCGUGGGCCACCGACGGCAAGCAGCAAACCCAACUCAACGACCGCCGCAAGUCGGCACACCACGGCGACCCCACCGACCUCGAUUCGGACGACGAUCAAGACAACAUUUUCGUCGAGGGCGAAUCGAAAAUGGCGAGUUUAGACAGCACGCAGCCAGGAACGUCGGACUGGGAUCGCGACGAGUUGCUGGAAGCGAUUCAGCAACUGAAUCAAGCCACUGCAACGGCGGCCGACACGCGCCACAUCGGUCGCCCGCCGUCGAACCAAGAUCAACAUCAUGACAUCGACGACCACGAACUCUCGAUAGAGGAAGACUGCAGCCACGCAGCGGUCGCGGCGCCGCUUCCCCCAGGAUGGGAAGAGCGCUUCAACAAAAAGUAUAACCGGACCUACUACGUGGACCACGCAACCAAGACGUCCACGUGGGAUCGGCCGACUGCGCCGCCAUCCAAACACCAUACUAUCCAAGCGUCCACCCCGAUCGCUGAGGAGAAGUCGGAACCCGUGCCCAACGACAUGAGUACAACCAGCUCCACCAUUGUCUCGGGGUUGGCAGGCUUGUCGGGGUUCCUCAAGAAGGUGCUUCCACCCGCCCCCGUCGCGGCCGUUGUGUCCACAACACCGUCGUCCACAGCACCUGCCGUCAUGCCUAAGAACUGGGCGCGCCGCACGGAUGCUAAGACCGGUCGGCUUUACUACGUAAACCUCUUGACCAAGAAAACGUUUGCGCGGCUCCCGUCCAGCGUAUCGGCGUCGAUGGUGCAAAAGUCCCAACCCAUGGGCCACAAGGACAAGGAAGACAAGCCGAAGCGCCCCGUCACGGUGCCUCAGAGCCCGCAGUUCUCGCAAAUGUCGUGGCAGCGCAAGUCGCGAAGCACCGUGGGUGGUGGCGGGAGGCAUGAAUGAGAGACGCAUGUGCCCCAAAAGUAGACCUCAAGCUGGAUGUUGGAAAUAUUUUUGUCGCGUAUUAACUCCAAAUCUUAUUCAAUCGAUGCAUGAUCAUGGCGGCACGCUGGGAAGACGAUGGGCGGAGGCGUGGAGAACGUGAAAUUUGGGCUGACGAUGUGGACCACUCGAUGCUGACUACUACACCAGCAUGGCGACGAUGGCACAUGCUGCGACAACCAGAGAGGUGGCAGCAAGCGACGCGGGGCUCUUAGGCGCCGUCGU